AUGGCCCCGACUGAGGAGCCUCCUGUACUGUCACAGCGCAUUCAAAAUGCUGCUGACAUCUCCGUCAUUGUCAUCUACUUCCUAGUCGUGCUAGCUGUGGGGCUGUGGGCAAUGAUGAAAAGCAACAGAGGCACUGUUGGAGGCUUCUUCCUGGCUGGUCGAGAUGUAGCCUGGUGGCCGAUGGGCGCCUCUCUCUUUGCCAGUAACAUUGGCAGCAACCACUUUGUGGGCUUGGCUGGAACAGGAGCGGCUUCAGGAAUCGCUACUGCAGCAGUGGAAUGGAAUGUGAUGACCAUGCCAGAGUAUCUCAGGAAGCGAUUUGGUGGGAGGAGACUCCAGAUCUACCUCACUGUCCUCUCCCUCUUUAUCAUGGUGGCCAUCCAAACCUCU